AUGGCUAGAAGACCAGCUAGAUGUUACAGAUAUCAAAAGAACAAGCCUUAUCCAAAGUCUAGAUACAACAGAGCCGUCCCAGACUCUAAGAUCAGAAUCUACGACUUGGGUAAGAAGAAGGCCACCGUCGAUGAAUUCCCAUUGUGUGUCCACUUGGUCUCUAACGAGUUGGAACAGUUGUCCUCUGAAGCUUUGGAAGCUGCUCGUAUCUGUGCUAACAAGUACAUCACCAAGAUGUCCGGUAGAGAUGCUUUCCACUUGAGAGUCCGUGUCCACCCAUUCCACGUUUUGAGAAUUAACAAGAUGUUGUCAUGUGCCGGUGCGGAUCGUUUGCAACAAGGUAUGAGAAAUGCCUGGGGUAAGCCUCACGGUUUGGCUGCUCGUGUUGCCAUUGGUCAAAUUUUGUUCUCUGUUAGAACCAGAGACAACAACAAGGAUAUUGUCAUCGAAGGUUUGAGAAGAUCCAGAUACAAGUUCCCAGGUCAACAAAAGAUUAUCUUGUCCAAGAAGUGGGGUUUCACUCCAUUGGACAGAGAUGAAUACUUGAAAAGAAGACAAGCUGGUGAAGUCAAGGACGACGGUGCUUACGUCAAGUUCUUGACUAACAAGGGUUCUUUGGAAAACAACUUCAACAACUUCCCAGACUACUUCUUGUCCAGAACUCAAGUGUAA